AUGCCAUAUGCAUUGUCCUCUUCCUCCGGCGACUCCCUCUCCCGACUGCCCACAAGCACCCCCUCCUCACCACCCCCAACCGCCCCCGGAAGCCCACCAAACAGGGCUGCAAACAACGACGACAAACCCAAGAUGAGCUACACCAAACUCCGCGAGGAACAGAUCCUCGCCGCCGAAGAAGAAAAAGCCCGACUCGAAAACAACCAAGCCGAAGACAAACGGCGCAAAAAGGGCCGCAACAAGAAGCACGGCGACCUCAGCAAGAAAGAGCGCGAGGCCAAAGCCAAAGACCUCGACCAGCUGCUGGCGCAGAGCGCGGCGUUCAGCAGUAUCCUGACCAACAAGACCAAAGUGCUGGGGCGGGUGGGCACGAGCUUGGAUGGCAAGACGAUUGGCGAGCAUGACUUGACGAUGGCGACGCAGCCAAAGUGUUUGGUGGGCGGGACGAUGCGGGAUUAUCAGCUCGAGGGGCUGACGUGGAUGUAUGAGAUUUGUAUUCAGGGGAUGAGUGGGAUUUUGGCGGAUGAGAUGGGGUUGGGCAAAACGGUGCAAACCAUCUCCCUCAUCGCGCUCCUCCGCGAACAGGAAAACUACCUCGGCCCGCACCUCAUCGUGGCCCCGCUGAGCACGCUGUCAAACUGGAUGGACGAGUUCCGCCAAUGGGUCCCGUCCAUCCCCGUGGUCAUGUACCACGGCACACCCCAACAGCGCAGCGACAUCUUCCGCACGCAAAUCACGCGCCAUCUGCAGGGCGGGCGGCCGACGGAUAAGUUCCCGGUGGUGUGCACGAGCUACGAGAUGGUGCUGAAGGACCGCGCGGCGCUGUCCAAGAUCAACUGGGAGUUUAUUAUUAUCGACGAGGGCCACCGGAUGAAGAAUUUCGAUUCAAAACUCUUCCGCGAGCUCAAGUCGUUCACCUCGGCCACGCGCCUGCUGAUCACGGGUACCCCGCUGCAGAACAACCUCAAAGAGCUGUGGUCGCUGCUCAACUUUUUACUGCCCAAGAUCUUCCGCGACUGGGAGGCGUUUGAGAGCUGGUUUGAUUUCAGCGAUUUAGAGGACGAAGAAGGCACCGAGGAGUUCAUCGCCGACAAGACGAAGCAAGAGCUAGUCAAGAAGAUGCAUGUCGUGUUGCAACCGCUGCUGCUGCGCCGGGUGAAAGCGGAUGUGGCCAAGUACCUGCCCAAGAAGCGCGAGUAUGUGUUGUAUGCGCCGAUGACUAAGGAGCAGACGGAUCUGUAUAAUGUCAUUAAUGACAAGAAUAUCGAUACGCGGGCGUAUCUGGAGAAUAAGGUGGUUGAGCGGCUCACGAAGCCGUCGCCUAGUCGGAGCACGCGGUCGUCGAGGUCGAGCAGUGCCAGGGCGCCUGAGACUAAGAGGGUUGCGGCUGAGAAGGCGUCUGCGGUACCAGACAAAGCUAUCCCUUCCAAGUCGAAAAGUGCAGCACCGGUAAAGAACGCAUUCAGUCUGAUGAUGGGCAAGCCGCCUCCGCGCGGUCGGUCCAAGGUGGCCGAGCCGAAGGAACAAGAGGUCGUGGAACCGAAAAAGGGGGCUAAAAGAAAAAGCCCAGCGGCCGAGUCGCCGGCGCCGAAGAGCAGCAAGUCUAGCCGACAGUCGACUCCGGCCAGCGCGCGGGGCCGACCGAGGGGGCGCAAGUCGUAUGCUGAGGCGGAUUCGGACGAUGAUUUGCUGGAUGACGACGAGUUUGAGGCCAAGCUGGCGGAAGAGUUGGAUGGGGAGGUUAAGGUGGAGGAGGUGGUUACGAGUCAGGAGGACUUUGAGCGGGCGCAGACUCUUGAGGUUGCUAAACGCGAAAUCUCCAACAAGAAACUGGGCAACCCCCUGCUGCAGCUCCGCCUCGUCUGCAACAGCCCGCACAACUUCUACAACCCCUGGGCCAGCGACACCGCACAGCCCAUCGACGAGAGCAUCGUGACCUCGUCAGGCAAGAUGCUACUACUGGACCGACUCCUACCAGCCCUCUUCCAGCGCGGCCACAAAGUCCUCAUCUUCUCCCAGUUCAAAACCCAGCUCGACAUCAUCGAAGACUACUGCACCGGCCUCCGCCACUGGCCCAUCUGCCGCAUCGACGGCGGCGUCGCCCAAGACGACCGGCGCGAGCAAAUCCACGAGUUCAACACCAACCCCGACCGCAAGCUCUUCCUCCUGUCAACCCGCGCCGGCGGGCAGGGCAUCAACCUCGCGAGCGCCGACACCGUGAUCCUCUUCGACAGCGACUGGAACCCGCAGCAGGACCUGCAAGCCCAAGACCGGGCGCACCGCAUCGGACAGACACGGCCGGUGGUGGUCUACCGGCUGGCUACCAAGGGCACAGUCGAGGAGGAACUACUGAUGAGUGCGGAUGCGAAGCGGCGGUUGGAGAAGCUGGUGAUUAAAAAGGGGGGGUUCCGCACGAUGGGGCAGAAGAUGGAUAUGCGGGAGGAGGAUCUGGACCGGGAGACGCUCAAGGCUUUACUGCUGAAAGAUGGGCAGGUGUAUAACUUGUCCGGGGAGGAAAAGGAGGUGCUGAGUGAGCGGGACUUGGGGGUGUUGUGUGAUCGGAGUGAUGAGGCGUAUGAGCGGGCGGCUGUGGGAGAGGGGAAUGCCGAUGGGUAUACUGUUAUUGAGACGGGGGCGGGGGGUAUUACCCGCAAGGGGAAGUAA